AUCACUUGGCAUAUCAAACUACAAUACAACAGCUUUACACUCUUUAUCCGUCUUUCUUUUACCUAUACACAGUGAACAGUCGAACAUCCAAUCAAUACACCUUGAGGAUCAUCGAUUGGUAGGGAACACCGUACUACAUACACAAUACAUCACGUUGACAAAGGACGUCUCAUCGUUGGACAAUAAACCAGAGAGAGAGUCAGAAAGACAUCACAGAAGGAAGAUCAUAGGACCAUUGGGAUAAUAGGAUUAUUGGAAAGAGAAAACACACAAUAUGAAGCUGUUAGCUACUAUCGGUUUGAGUGCGGUCGUCUUGGGGGUCAGUGCGCAGAACAUCACCCUCAUCCCUACCAACAUCACUUCAUCAUGUACCACCUUCCUCACCUCUCUCAACUCCGAUCUCACCCUUCAAAGUUGCAUCGGACAAUUAAUCAACAUCACCUCCGCAUUCACUCCCACGCCUUCUGGUUCUCCCAACGUAUCGCAAAGCGAUAUCAACUUUGCUCUUGCCGCAAUGUGUAAUGACAAGGCUAAAUGCCAAGAUAACGUCAUUCGUGGUUGGCUCUCACAGUUUUGGUCCACUUGCAACGUCGAAUUAACAUCUUCCGGUCAAUCUAAUUCUCAAGUCCGUGACCUUUACGAUCUACUUUAUGCUUUCAACCCCAUGGUAGCCGCUGUUUGCGCCAUCGAUUCUGCCAAUCAAGAGUAUUGUAUAAACGAAAUCAAACAAUCAUCAUCUUCUUCUUCUUCUGCAUCUUCCUCUGCUCCGUCUGCUUCUUCCACCGGAACGGAUGAUGUAGUAACAGGAAUCAGCAACAAUACUCUUUUAGCCACAGUGACAACAAUCGACGCUGUAGAAUUGGCAAGACAAUAUCUUAUAAUCCCUCUUACAUCAACCUCAAUAACUAAACGUCUUCUGUCUUUAUCACUUUUCAAAAACCGUGAUUCUGCUCAAGUCGUAGAAGCCGCCACUUUGAUCGCUCCAAACACCACGACAUAUAGAAAUACUAUGCUCCCAUUCUUGUUCCUACAACCGGAUAUGAAAGCAGCUCAACUCUGUACACCCUGCGCAAGAGAGGUCAUGGUCAGUUACGUCAAAUUCGAAGCUGCUUAUCCGUACACUAUGGGAUUAGCAUCAAGUGCUAUCCUUGGAGGUCAGCCAAAAUUGUGGAAUGCGAUCAACGGGACUUGUGGACCGAACUUUAUAGCGGCGAUAAUGAGUCAAGUAGGAUUGAGCUCUUCAUUAGCUACCAACGGUAACGGAUCGGCCAGUGCGGCAGGUAGGAGAUUGGAAGGUUUGAAUGGAGGUUUGGUGAGUGUGUUGGGAGGAGUUGUGGGUAUCGUAGGGUUGUUGGGUGGUUUGAUGGUGUUGUGAGGGAAUCAUCUUAUUUGGUUCUCGGAGGUUCAGGGGUGGGUGGGUGAGAAGGGAGGGAUGGUCAAUUGUCGAUUUGAGAUCGGAAUGGCGAGGAUGAGGAUGAUCUGUUGAGAGAGGGAGAGGAUAUAGUGCAAUGUUUGCAUAGGAGGAGGUAGAGAAAAGAAUAAGGAUGGACAGUUGUUUUUUUGUUAU